AUGGCGCAGUCGCAAACUCGGCGAAAUGCCUGGGAAGGAUUAAAUGGACGAUCUCAAGCAGAUAUAGCAACCAACGAACUCCAUGUAUACAUUUACGACUAUUGCAAGAAGCACAAUUUCCAGCAGGCAGCAAAGGCAUUUGCAAGCGAGGCCAAUGUUUCAACGGAUCAAAUGCCACCUGUGGAUAUUCCAUCUGGUUUCCUUGGCGAUUGGUGGGGUGUAUUUUGGGAUGUUUAUAAUGCAAAACACAAUGAGGUGCUUGCUAGUAAGGAGGCUCAAGUUUAUGACAAUUACACUGCCAUGCUCCACAGUCGACGUGAGGAGAUUAUUCAACAGCAUCGUGCACAACAACAAGCUGUAGCUGCACAACAACAGCAACAGCAGCAAAGGCGGGCAUCUGAAGCAUUACGAAACUCGCCUCAACAACAACACAUGCUUCAACAACAGCAACAGCAGCAACAGCAACAAUAUCCUGGUGCUGGUGCUGCAGGACUAACACCACAAAGUGUGCCGUCACAGCAACAACCACAACAACAUGCUCGUCCUUCACCUGCAAGUAGUACCACAUCUCUUCCCACAAGCGGUAUGCCUACUCAUCCGACACCCAACACCAAUACCAAUCCUACUACCAACCUUGUACAUACUCCUCAAAGCAUGCCUGCAUCUUUACCGCAACAACACAUGCCUGGAAGACCACCACCCCCUCCUACACCCGUUCAACAGCAUCAACACGCUUCGUCACCUUCCUUCUCUCCUCAAAUCAUGCAACAACAACAACAACAACAACCACGAAUGAGUGAACCGAUGGGUGCUCCCACUCCUGCCGGUCAACCUCAACAACAACAUGAAAUGAUGAAUUCUCCUAUGGUGGGUCCACAAGGUAUGCCAAUGAGUCAAGCAAUGCUCAAUUCUCAACGAGCUGCCGCUGUGGCUGCUGCCGGUGGAAUGCAAAAUCCAAUGAUGGGUAUCAAUUUGAAUGGACGAGACUUUGCUUCAAUGUCACAAGAGGAAAAGAAUGCUCUUCAAAUGCAAAUCAAGCAACGACAACAAAUGGCUGCUGCUGCUGCUGCUCAAGGCAAUAUGAUGAGGAACCCGAACAUGAUGAACCACCCAGGUCGACCAGGAAUGCCAAUGCAGCAGCAACCACAACAACAACAUCCUCAAGGUGGCAUGAAUCCUCAACAACAGCAAAUGUUGGCUCAACAACAAGCCGCUGCCGCUGCUGCUGCCGCUGCUGCUGCAUCACAACAACCACCUCAUAUGGCACAGCAACAACCCCAACAGCAACCACAGCAACCACAGCAACAGCCACCAGCUACACCACAACAAGCACAAAGUAUGCCACCCAAUCAGCAACAACAUGCAAUGGAUAUGGCAGCUGCACGUAAUGCAGCCAUGGUUCAAGCUGGUAAUGGACAACCACGUGUUACUGCCAAUCCAUCAAUGACUAUGGGCGGUCCUGCUACUGCUGCACAAAUGUCUGCUGCCAUGCAAAACCCGAAUGCUAUGCAAAAUUCCCCUUUUGCUACUGAUCCUGCCACCAUGAAUAUGAUGAUGCAACAAAUGAUCAGCAAAGGACAAUUACCACCCAAUAUGACGGCUCAACAACAGAUGGCAUUUCGUCAACAACAACAUCAACGAAUGUUAGCAGCGAAUCGAGCACGAAUGAUGCAACAACAACAAUACCAACAACAACAAAUGGCAGCCGCUGCUGCUGCAAGUGGAGCAGGACAAGGACCCAAUCCUAUGGUGACUACGACUCCUGGUGGGAUGCCAAUGACAGCUGCCGCUGCUGCCGCUGCUGCUGCUGCUGCUGCUAGUGGUGGUGCCGGUUCUCCACAAGAUCCUGAAAAGGCCAGAGCCAUUGCUCAAUAUCAACGUCAAAUGCAAUUUGCUGCUGCUCAAGCUGCUGCUGCUGCUAAGCAACAACAACAAUCACCUCAAACACAUCCCAACAAACGACCUCGUCUUAAUACUGAAAAUGAACCUGGCACACCUGGCAAUCAACCUGGUGCUCAUCCUUCUCCCCAACUCAGCAAUGUUGGUAGUCCAAUGAUGAAUCAACAACAACAAGGUGGUAAAGGAGGAGCUGGUCGCAACAUGCCACCACAACAACAACAGCAACAACAAGGAACACCUAUGCAACAACGAGCAUCAUUUACGGGGAAUCAAGAAGCCAAUAACAAUAAUGCUCAAGGAGGAGGAGGAGGAGGAAAUACGAGUGCUACCACAUCACCACAAACCAAUCGUAAUAAUAAGCGAUCCACACCUACACAAGCACCUCAACAAAUCCCAUCUCAACAACAACAACAGGCUUCUUCACAGCAACAACAACAACAACAAAGAAUGCAAUGGAAUGCUACAGGAAUGGAAAUGGGUUCACCAGCAUCCACCAACGUCAAACCUGAAACCAUGCAAUCACCUGCAACAGCACCUUCUGCAAGUGCCGCUGUACCUACUAGCAGUGCUGGUGCUGGAGCUGGUGGAGGUGGUGGUAGUGGUGGUGCCAACAACAUGUCGUUUGAUCUUGAACGAUUCAUGAUGAGCGAUGGUGGUGAUUUCGCCGAGAUUUUUGCAGCCAAUGAUGAUGGUGAUGCCGCUCUUUUGAUGGGUGAUGGCGGUGAUAUGGAUGGCUUUAGCAACAGUUUCCUUGCCAGCAUGGGUGGCAAUUUGGGCGUGGAUGGAUCUCUUUCCUUACCGGUAGCGGGCCAAGUAUUACAACAACAUGGUGAAUUACAAGGACAUACCAACAAGGUCAUGACAUGUGCGUUUUCUCCCAAUGGCCAAUACCUUGUGAGUGGUGGAAGAGAUAAGCGUAUCCUGGUUUGGGGUGUCCAUGACAAGACCAAGUUGUACGAUCUCGGUGGUCAUGGAGGUGUUAUCAGCUGUGUACGAUGGAGUCCUGAUGACCGAAAUCUCGUUGCUACGGCAUCCUAUGAUAAGUCUAUCCGUAUAUGGGAUAUUGGUUCCGCCCUCUCAGGCAAUGCAGCCACUGCCAAGCAAAUCCUCAUGUAUGAACGUCGUAUUUCAGUCGUCGCUAUUGAUUUUUGCCCUGGACGACCCGAAAUUAUUUGCUCCAUGGAUCAAGAAGGCGAGUUGGAUGUAUGGAAUAUGAACACACAGCAAACCGAAAAACGAUUUAAAAUGCCGUUACAAACUGUGGGUCCCAAUCCAUUACGAUGCCAUCCACGUGACAGCAACAUCGUAGCAUGUGCAGUGGGUAACCAAUUGUAUGUGGUUAAUGUUACCAAUGCCAAGAACAAUGGUACUGGCAAUGAUGCGGCGAUUCGAACAAUCACCACGGAGGACUCAAAGAACAUAUCGGCAUUGGAUUGGUCACCCGAUGGCAACUUUUUGGUUACGUGCUCUGAGGGCCAUGUUGCUGUGUAUGAAGCAUCUCACUGGAAAAUGCUGGUAUCUCAAUCAGUACCCGGCAAGAUUUCAAGUUGUGCGUUUGCGAAUAGUGAUGGCGAUUGCAGCCUUGACAAGCUACGGGUAGUGUUUGGUGAAUAUGAAGCCGUUUACAUUUGGCAGUGCGGCGUAUCAGGUGCACAACCGAAACAAGCAGGAAAACAACCAGGAACCGUGGCUUGCAUUGCUUGUGCGUCCAUGGACAAUACCCAAGUGGUGGCAACUGCAAGCCAUAGCAUCAAGGAUAAAAAUCUCAUCCUUUGGACGUUAUAG